UGAUAUUCGGCUGGAGUUCAUUUUUGGCUUUUAGUUUGAAUUUUAUUGAAUAUCCCCUCUUUGGGGUUUUCGCAGUUGCACACUGAGAAAAUAGGAAAGACUUUGCAUGAAGGGCUGAUGGAAGACACAAGGGAUUUGGCUGAACACACUCCACGUUCAGAACGGAAGAGGCGGGACUCCUUCGGGAUGUUUGAUGGGUAUGACAGCUGCAGUGAGGACUCCAGCAGCAGCUCCAGCUCGGAGGAUAGUGAGGAAGAGGUGCCUUCCAUCCCUGCCAGCCUCCCCAUUAUCAAGAACAAUGGCCAGGUGUACACCUACCCUGAUGGGAAGGCGGGAAUGGCUACAUGCGAGAUGUGUGGAAUGGUGGGAGUGAGAGAUGCUUUCUACUCGAAAACCAAGAGGUUCUGCAGCGUGUCCUGCUCCAGGAGCUACUCUUCCAAUUCUAAAAAAGCCAGUAUCCUGGCUCGACUCCAGGGUAAGCCACCAACAAAAAAAGCUAAAGUCUUACAGAAACAACCUCUAAUGGCAAAGUUGGCUGCUUAUGCCCAGUACCAAGCAAAUCAGCAGAACCAAGCUAAAUCAAAAACAGUGGUCCCUGUGGAGGGCUUUGACUGGGGUCGGUACAUCUGCAGCAGUAACUUGGUUGGUGCACCAGUUAGCUGUUUCAAGCAUGUCCCUAUGGGAACAAAUUGGGGUGACAUUGCAGAAGGGGUGAGGGUGGAAGUCCCCAACUCUGACUGCACUCUACAAACGAAAGUCUACUGGAUAGCGGGUAUCAUCAGACUGGCAGGAUUCAAGGCGCUCCUUCGGUAUGAAGGUUUUGACAACGACGCCAGCCGGGACUUCUGGUGCAACCUCUGCAUCCCUGAAAUUCACCCAGUGGGCUGGUGUGCGUCCAGUGGGAAGCCUCUCGUACCACCCAAAUCCAUUCAGCAUAAAUACACAAACUGGAAAGCGUUCCUUGUGAAGCGCCUUACAGGAGCCAAAACACUCCCCCCGGACUUCACCACCAAGGUGCAGGAGAGCAUGCAGUAUCCUUUCAAGAAGCUGAUGCGUGUGGAGGUGGUCGACAAGACGCACCUGUGCCGGACGCGCGUGGCCCUGGUGGAGCAGGUGAUCGGCGGCCGGCUGCGGCUGGUGUACGAGGAGAGCGAAGACGGCACCGAUGACUUCUGGUGUCACAUGUACAGCCCCCUCAUCCACUGCAUCGGCUGGUCCCGCAGCAUCGGACACCGCUUCAAACGAUCCGUCAUUUUUUCUUUCUUAGAUGUGUCCAAGAAGCUUGAAGGUCAGGCGGAUGCUCCUUCCAAACUGUUCCUGAAGGUGAAGGAUGUUGACCAAAGUGGGGAUUGGUUUAAAGAUGGAAUGAAGCUAGAGGCAAUAGACCCUCUAAAUCUCUCAGCCAUAUGUGUAGCUACUGUAAGAAAGGUCUUGGCAGAUGGGUACCUCAUGAUUGGGAUUGACGGAUCUGAGGCGGCAGACGGUUCUGAUUGGUUCUGCUACCAUGCCACCUCCCCUUCCAUCUUUCCUGCUGGAUUCUGUGAAAUAAACGAAAUUGAACUCACGCCACCUCGAGGGUACACAAAACUCCCAUUCAAAUGGUUUGACUACCUCAGGGAAACGGGUUCAAUUGCAGCUCCUGUGAGGCUCUUCAACAAAGAGGUUCCAAACCAUGGUUUCCGUAAUGGCAUGAAGCUGGAAGCUGUAGACCUGAUGGAGCCACGGCUCGUGUGCGUGGCUACGGUGACUCGCAUCGUUCACAGGCUUCUGCGCAUCCAUUUCGAUGGCUGGGAGGACGAGUAUGACCAGUGGGUGGACUGUGAGUCACCUGACCUCUACCCUGUAGGCUGGUGUCAGCUGACAGGAUAUCAGCUUCAGCCACCUGCUGCACAGAGCCCCAGAGAAAUCCCUCCACCAGUGACAAAGCAGAAGAAGAAGUCUCAGCAGUACAAAGGGCAAAAGAAAAAGAGGAAGAUUCCUGUCGGGAAGAGGCCGGUCAGUUUGUCGAGCGUGCCUCUGACAGGCGCAGUGCGGAGGAGCUUCUCGGGUGACGAAGAGCUGACCCCGCCCCUUUACCCGCCCCAUCCCGCACACGCGGCGGCCGUGGGGCCCACUCCACCUCCCACCACUAGUGGGGAGCUCAAUCCCAGCCUCAAAUCAGUGGCAUCACUGCAGCUGAAAGAGGAGGCUCCAGAGGUGGAUGAGUUCAGCUUCUCACAAGGCGUCUCGGACCAGGAGAGCAACGGCUCUGGCAGCUACUACAUCAAACAGGAGCCGUGAGACAGCCCACAGGAACUCUUAAUCAAGGCAGAAGCCUUUGCCCUGUCUGACCUGGCCAGCACUUGGAUAUCAGCUCGGGGUGGUUCGGAGCACUCUGGAGGGACUGCAGGAGAGGCUUAACUCCAGAUCUUAAGCAAUGGUUUAUCGGGUAAGAAAGACAAAAACAUUUAGCAGAAGUAGACGAGAGAGAGCUGUUUUGCAGGAUUCCUUUUUUGUUUUGUUUUCAUAAAUUUGCCAGAUGGACUUUAAAUGUUCAUUGUACUUGAAGUUUUCAAAGAUGUUUUUGUAAGAUUUUUCAAAGUUGAGAACUGUUGUGUGUCUUAUGUUUCGGUAACUUUGGGGAUAUUUUGUGAGAAAUUUUAAGUUUAAUGGGGAAAUCUAUGAAUAUAUAUAAAUAUAUAUAUUAAUUUGUGAUGAAGAGUGGGUUUUGAAUAUAUUAUAUAAAUCAUAAACCUUACUGGUAUGAACAGACAUUCAGAAUAAAUGGAAAACACUGUCAUAGAUUGCACUACAGGAAUGUACAUUUCUAUCAGCCUGUAGCAGUCACCAUUGCCACAAAGCAGCUUUAUUGUAUGAGUAACAAAACACGUUGACCGUCAAGCAAAUUUGUAAAAUUUUAAGAGCUCUGUGCGAAUUGUAAAGAAAUAUGCUAAAUGUCACAGUUGACAUUAAGAUAUGCAAGCUUUUGAGUUGCGUUUUUUUUAAAGAGAGAUCUGUAAUAUAUCACCAUCUGUCUGAAAAGUUCCUUAUUUCAGAGCCAUAUUGUUGCAGAUAGGUGAAGUAUUCAACUGAGCCUUUGAAUAAAGUGUUAUUUGCAUUAUUAUUACCAUUAUUACUAUUAUUAUUGUCACCAUUAAAGUGUACUUCAGGUUGUUUCUAAAAAAAACCGCUACCUUACCAUAAUCUUUAAUAUAUGUAAUUAUACAAAAUGAGCUAUUAGGCCAGAAUCUGUUUGAAAACUUAAAUCCAGCAUUUAUGGUUUAGUUUAGAAGACUACAUAAAGCACUGAAAAUAGAAAUAUGUUAAACGCUCAUGGUACAGACACAUCAAUAUCCAGAUAUAAGCAAAGUUCAGCUUAGUUUCCACAGGUUGAUCUUUGCUUGAUCAAACAUUUUGUUUCUGCGUGUCCACCAUACCACUGUAUCCAUUUUGUUUCAUUCAUGGCAUGAGAAAAUACUGUCUUGUCCUUUUGUCAAAAAACUCAUUCCAUCUCAGAAAUCUUUGUACUACCUCUUUAAGAACCGGGCAGUGAAACACUCGAGCAGUUUCCAAUCCAUGAGGUAGUGGGACCCAGGAAAAUCAGCUGUUUUAUUCUAUUUGAUUCAUAUGUAGAAUGGCAGUGAGGAAACUGUGUGCAGUGGGCCUUAUGCAAAGGACAGUGUAAAAUCUGUAAUUCACUAAGCAUUAAAUGUAUAUUCUACCUUCAUCGAAAGCUUAAAAUGGCACACACCAAACAGAUUUUUUUAUAACAUAGCUUAUUCACAAAGGAGUCAUUUCAAUGGCGACUCAAUAUGCAAUAAUAAUUUUAAUUGAAUUAUUGCUAUAACAGGCUCUCAUAUAUUUGAAGAUUUAAAAUAUAAAAAUAUAAUAUAUACAUAAAUCUAAUUACUGUUAAAUUGGUUGCUUAAAGGUGACGCAUUCUCUAUCAUCUGUGAUUUUUCCCAUUUUCUGUGUGUGGGUCUGUCUGUCUGUCUAUUUGUGUGUGUGUGUGUGUGUGUGUGUGUGUGUGUGUGUAUAGCGUGAUGUAUAUGCACACAUGUAUGUGUGAUGUGUGCAUGUACAGUACCAGUCAAAAGUUUGGACCCACCUUGCCUUUUUCUGCUUUUUCCUAUUAAUGUUUAAUUUCCUCUGUUUGUAAUCAAACAAUUCAUACGUGGUCAAAGUGCAGAUUUAUUACUAAACGUUUUUGUACAUAUUGGCUUCACCAUGUAGUAAUUACAGGAACCUUUAUACAUAGCCCUGCAUUUCAAUGUUUGAGACAAAUUAACACAAUGUCAAAUAAUACAGUCAUUUUGUAUUUGUCUGUGACCUAUCAACAUCACCAGUCUGGACAUCAUAUUUUCAGGUUUUUGUCCAAGUGAUACAAAAAUCCUUUGCAUUUGAAUUGAUCUAUAUGGGAACUGGAGGGUGGGACUAGAUUCAGCUGUAAAUUAUGCUGAUACAGUAUGGAACACAUUUGUUGUCUGAAUGGCUUUAUGUCAUCAAGGGUCCAAGGCAUCAGAUGAGCCUCAAACCAUCGUGCUGCUGCCAGACAUGCUGUAGAUACUACAAGGGACACUUCUCCAGACUAAUUUUCCUGUUGAACUCAAUAGAAUAAUUAUUCUGGAGAAAUCUAGUCCCACCCCCCAAUUCCCAUAGAGAUCAAUUCAAAUGCAAAACGUUAUAGUAUCACUUGUAGGACAACCUCAAAAUAAGAUAUCCCGACUCUGGCGAUGUUGAUGGGACACAGACAUCAGGAAGUCAUGUUAUGCACUGGUUAUGCAACCAUAACUAUUUUAUUCAACAUUAUGUUAGUCUGUAUCAAACAUUGAAAUGGAGGGGCUGUAAUUACUACAUGGUGAAACCAAAAUGUAUAACCUUUUAAUAAAAGCUGAGAAUCUGCACUUUGACCGCAUAUGAAUUGUUUGAUUACAACAGUGGAAAUAAAACAUUAAUCGAAAAAGGCAAGGUGUGUCCAAACUUUUGACUGCUACUGUAUAUAUAACACAAACUAUACAUACUAUUUUGAAAUUGACCAUUUAGCUGUAGAACUGUUGAGUUAAAUGAUUGUCACCGUAGGUGUGAAUAACUGUACUAUAGUCUCACUUCAUAUACCAGUAAGGUUGACAAUAAAUUCUCAGGAAACCUUUGCAUCUUGUUUAAUAGGCUUGUUGUGGGUUUGUGGGGUGUGGCUAAUGGCUUUCCAGGUGGUCAGUAUUGAAGAUAUACAGGACAUCUUAAGUAAAGCGAAAUACUUUUUAUUAGUUGUUGCUGUUGCAUCUGGCUUGCCGCUUACAUUAAUAUUGCUGAGGUUUACAUUAAGUGUAAACUCUUCAAGGGCACUUUGGGGUCAUUCUUUGAAGGAGUACCCUUUUACAUUGGUAUACUUUUAAAACGAAACACUGAUUUCAGUUAGUAGCCCUCACAAGGCCGGGUGAUCAAGGCUUGGUUCUUCCAACCAAACGCUUUUUCUCAGUUUCCAGCUCACUCUCUCUCUCUCUGUCUCUCUCAGAGAACAAUCUCAGGUGCUCUUGAACAAGACGCAAAUUAAAAACUUAAUGGGACACCUCUUUUGCUCAGUUUCUGAAUUCUUGAAAAGCACUAUGCCACAAAAUUGUCAUUCUGUAAUUUUUUUGUCUCUCUUUUGUGGACGGAUGCUUUUGAAUGAGUCUUUAAACAUGAAACUGUGAGCAAUGUUUAAGUUCUUGUGCGACAGCAUUUAGCUUUUUGUGUCAAUGGAGGGCCAGCUAGCUUUUGAAAGUUCUAAUAUUUCUUUUUCUUUAAUUUGUAACGCUUUAUUUAUUCCUUGGAAGGGGAUAUAUGGGCACAACCUCAAUUAUGCUAGCUGGAAAAAGUGAAAACUAAUUGAGUUUACCCAUGGUCAUAGUAGGGUCCAGCAGAGCAAUAAUAUCUUAUGGUGGCAUUCUACAAAAUGUGUGUUUCACAGAUUACUUUUGUUGCUGUUGGGAUGUUUGGAAUGGCAGGUGAGUUCUGGAAGUGAGAGGUUUGCUUUAGCGGGAUGUCUUUUAUUGAAGAGCAUAACGGCCAUUUUGUGACUCUUUUGGUGUCUUCAGUCCAUUGUCAUCACAGUUAUUUCUGAGCGAUCAAAUGGUGCCAAGUGGACUGAAUAAAAACAUGUUUAGAAGAAAAUAAUAAAAAUAAUUAUACACAAAUGAGCUUUACAGGAUUAUAAACUGAGACAGUGUUAGUGACCAAAUGGCGGAGGUAUAUUUUUAGGUUUAUUAUAAAAAGACGUGACUGUUUCAAGACAAAUUUAGCUGCUACCCUCUUCUGUGAUGUAAUUUCCACAUUUAGUUACCAUACAUCCACAUCAAUAAAUUAAUUCUCUAUUAAUUGAAAAGCGCACAAGUCAACUUUGAGAGCAAACCUUUUCUGUUAAUGAGAUUGAGGCCUUAUCUCUUUUGUUAUGCUCAUUGUUUUGUGAAAGCAAAAAAAAAAAAAAAAAUGAUUGAAAUAAAUCUUAACAUGUUUAGUAAACCAAACAUCCAUGCAUGCGGCAUUGUGAACUUCAUGUAGAGGCCCAUGAUCCUGAACUGACCUCUUUUCUUUGUGCUAUGAUCUUUAGUUAUGUGAAAUUUCUGGUCCUUGGAUACUAACACGGGUCUUUUUUUUUUUCUUUUCUUUUUUAGUUUGUUUCUUUUUUUCUUUUUUUUAGUUUUUUUUAUGUGAAUCCCCUCUAUCCUCAGUCUGUAUUAUGGUGCUAUAUAUUUGAUAAACUGAUAAUCCUUUAUUAAUGGGGAAUGAUUUUCAAAACUGUAACUGAGGGGAAAUUAAGUUGUCUUCUGUUUUCUUGUAUUUUGGAUACAAAUAAAAAAAUAAUACAAAAAAAUUUGUAGAAAAUAAAAAAUAUUAAAACAAUCCUUUUACCCUCAUGGUACAUCUGGGGCUACAGUAAAAUAUGGGGUUUGUACAUAUGUUCUUGUUUUUGAUUGUGUCUGUACAUGUUCUUUACUUUCGUUGUCAUGGUAAUUUGUGCCGUGAGCAAGAGGUUUAAUAGCCUUUCCCUUGAAUUUGUACAUAAUUAAAAUAGCGUGAAAAAGACAA